GCGUUUCGGUUGUACCCUGCUGUGUCAUAAAUACAGAUGGGCUUAUGCCGUAAGGCUAGAAAGAUGAAAACCAAAUCAAGGGAAACGAGGUGAUGGCUUACGCCCGCUCCCCUCCUCUGCUGUACUUAGCAACUCCCAGCAAAGAUGUCGGAGUAUAUCCGGGUGACGGAGGAUGAGAACGAUGAGCCCAUCGAGAUCCCCUCGGAGGACGACGGCACCGUCCUGCUGUCCACUGUCACCGCCCAGUUCCCCGGGGCCUGCGGGCUGCGCUACAGGAACCCGGUGUCGCAGUGCAUGAGGGGCGUCCGGCUGGUGGAAGGCAUUCUGCACGCGCCGGAAGCUGGAUGGGGAAACCUGGUCUAUGUUGUUAAUUACCCCAAAGAUAAUAAGAGAAAAAUGGAUGAAACAGAUGCAUCAUCAGCUGUGAAAGUGAAACGAGCAGUACAGAAGACUUCAGAUUUAAUAGUUUUGGGUCUUCCCUGGAAAACCACUGAACAAGACUUAAAGGAAUAUUUCAGUACAUUUGGAGAAGUUCUGAUGGUGCAGGUUAAGAAGGAUAUUAAAACUGGCCACUCAAAAGGUUUUGGUUUUGUUCGGUUUACGGAUUAUGAAACCCAGGUGAAAGUAAUGUCUCAGCGGCACAUGAUAGAUGGAAGAUGGUGUGACUGUAAGCUUCCCAAUUCUAAGCAAAGUCCUGAUGAACCUUUGCGUAGCAGAAAAGUGUUUGUUGGGCGCUGCACGGAGGACAUGACGGCAGAUGAACUCAGACAGUUCUUUGCCCAGUACGGAGAAGUGGUAGAUGUCUUCAUUCCUAAACCCUUCCGAGCCUUUGCUUUUGUUACAUUUGCAGAUGAUCAGGUUGCCCAAUCUCUUUGUGGAGAGGACUUGAUCAUUAAAGGAAUCAGCGUACAUAUAUCCAAUGCUGAACCUAAGCACAAUAGCAAUAGACAGUUAGAGAGAGGUGGAAGAUUUGGUGGUAAUCCGGGAGGCUUUGGGAAUCAAGGGGGGUUUGGCAACAGCAGAGGAGGUGGGGGAGGACUGGGUAACAACCAGGGCAGUAACAUGGGUGGGGGUAUGAACUUCGGAGCCUUUAGCAUCAACCCUGCCAUGAUGGCAGCGGCGCAGGCAGCCCUGCAGAGCAGCUGGGGGAUGAUGGGCAUGCUGGCUAGUCAGCAGAACCAGUCGGGGCCGUCGGGGAACAACCAGCCUCAAGGCAACAUGCAGCGGGAGCAGAACCAGGGCUUUAGUUCAGGAAAUAACUCCUACGGUGGUUCCAACUCGGGGGCAGCGAUAGGCUGGGGUUCAGCCUCAAACGCGGGCUCCAGCAGCGGGUUUAACGGAGGCUUUGGUUCAAGCAUGGAUUCCAAAUCAUCAGGCUGGGGAAUGUAGACGCAGUGGGCUCUGAUACUGACUCUGUGGUGGGAAAUCAAAUUUUUCUAACUCGUGGUAAGUAUACUGUAAAUUACAUAUAUACUAAAAUUUUCCAAAUCAGUUUGUUCAGUGUGCAGUAUAUUCAGCAGUAUUUUUGACAUUUUUCUUUUUUAAAAAAAAAAGAAAAGAAAAAAAAGAAAAAGAAAAGAAAGGUAAAAGGAGUUUUGUAAGUUUUGUUACAUAUCUUGUUGGAAUACGAAUGUCUGGAAGUGGACUGCUGUUUGCCCGAUAGGUGAACUAACACUACAAUCGAUAGGAAAGGUUUCUUCUGUAAUACUUUUUCCCUUGUUUCCUGGCUACCUGAAUUCUUUGCAUGUUCAAAAUGGAAAACACUGGUCAGAAACAGCAUUCUCUCCCUCUUGUUUUUAAUUUGAUCCCACCAUAAGACUCUCCAAGUGCCCCAGUUGGAGAACACG